CAAAGAUGAUCGAUAUCUUCAGCUUCAUAGUAGCGCCCUCAUUGGACAGAAAUAACCAUCUUGAGCAGGACGCGGGCGCGAUUGAAGUCUACGUCUACGGUCUAGAUUGUAAGAUUCUACGCCUUGCCUGACUGCCAUUGCCACUGGCCUGGCCUGGGUGAGUGAAGUCUUGUUGUAUUGUAGACCCUACUGACUGUUCCGUAUACAGCGGACUGCGACCCGGGAUUGAGACCAAGCGAGGCCUAUAGCUGGGGGAGCUUUAGCAGAGAGUACUGACAGGUAGAUACAGAGACAGGACAUGGAAGGUGAGAAAUGUAAGAACUGUGGAGAGGCUGCUGUUGUUGCAGAUGAAGGGCAAGUAGUAUGUACAAAUUGUGGUCAGGUCCAGGAAGAUGCAACAGUGUUCGUUACAGAAGGGGAUUUUCAUGAACACAGCCAAUCUUGUCACGCUGGAGGCUCGUUCAACCCUACGUUUGGAAAGCAGGACUAUCGCCUUGCCAAUUCAAACACUUACUACAGAUCAGUACUUCAUAAAUGGACAAAGUAUAUCCAGAAACUAUGUGAGAGUAUGCAGAUUGCCAACAAGCAGAUGCACAUAGAGGCUGGAGAUAUCUUCAAGAGAGCCUUCAAGAUAAGUCGCUUCAAAAACAUGAUGAAAGAGCGUAAGAAAGCAAUGUGUGUGUCCUGCGUGUACAUCACAUGCAGAUUGCAUGAAUGGCCUAUUAUGAUCAUUAAUCUGGUUGGGAUUACAGAUACCCCAAGGGAACUCUUGAUGACAAUCAAUAGAGAGUUGAUUCAAGAGUUGAAAAUUAAGAUAGACACAGUCAGCAUUGAGGACUACAUUCCUACAUGUUUGAAGGAGAAUGGUGUCACCGAUGAUAGAUGGACUGCAAAGACUCUGGAAGUGAUGUCUCUGGCAAAGGAACUGUGGUUGACCAUUGGUCGCCAUAUUGACGCGUUGAUUCUGGCGUCAUGCUGUAUAGCCUGGCAGACAUCAACUCCUGAAAACCAUAAGAAAUCAAUACCGCAGUUCGGGAGGUCUCUCUUGAACAAAAAGGUCCCAGAUCUGGUAAAGAAACGACACAAGGAACUGACGAACAUUAUCAAGAAGAUGGUGAGUAAGGUUCCUUGGGUGUCUAAGACUAUCCUCUCGAAAUCAUGGUCCUGGAUGUUUUUCCUCGAUGAUAUCCUUAAGUAUAAGAACAGUCUCUUGUCUCAUCUUGAACCACCAGAAGACUGCGAUGAUAUUGACGAUAUCGAGAACCAGGAGAACGAUUUCAUCCUGCUACCCCCUGCGUAUGAAGCAAGUGUUCGAAAGAGAAAGUUUGAGCAGCCAUCUAUAGAAGAAGAGAACUUUACUCUGAAGUCUGGGCACGAGACGAGUGAAAGUAUGAACAAUCCAGAGCUGAGUGAGAAGGAUAUUCCAGAUUCAGAAUUAGGACAUUACAUCAGAACACCUAAAGAGAUCCGGUUAGUCAAAGAGCUUGCAGUCAUCGCAGAUAUAAAUUAUGAGAAUUCCUGAUUUCAGACUAGGGCUCUACAUACAUUAAGAACAGCUUAAAAGAUCAAAGCAAUUAGAGAACGUACAGUUAUUGCACAUACAGUGUAUAUACUGCAGAUACAUGCAUGUGCAACAAAAUCAGAAAAGCUUGUCAAAAGUAAUCAGAAAAGCUAUUGAGAUUUGAAAUGUUUUUUUUAUAAAGGAAAUGAUGCUCAUCUUGCCAUCUUCCCUAGUGAUUUGAAGCAUAGAUGGAAAUAGUAAAAUCAUCUUUAUCCUCAGACUUACCUUUUUUAACUUCAUUAUGAUUGUUGAGAGAAUAUCUUAUUUUCAGGCAAAUCUCUCCAAAUAAUGGCAACUUUUUACUAUAAUUUUUAUUCAGAUUGAUUUUGUUUGACAAACGCAGACAAUAUACAUAUACCUUGGGUAUCAUGUUCAGUAAGGUUUAAGGUAUGCUGUCAAUUAUUAUUUGGUGCAUGGUCUGAAAAUUAAUAUAAAAAUCAUCUCCAAUGGUCAGUGUUAUCAUUAUUGUGUGUUUUGUGGAUAAUUGAAGAAGCAGAGUUUUGCAGUUAGGAGGCAGUAAGUCGGUGAUAACUCAAGUUUAUAUCAAUGAUACCGUCCUGUACUCCUGUUUGCAAUUUUUCAAAAUUCUAUGCAUUAGGAAAUAGAAAUGUUGUGUUCUUUACCCGUUUCUAUGGACCAGAUUGAUAUUUUAACUUAUGUUCCCCUUUUGUUCAUGUUUUCAAAUUAGGCAUGAAGUUUUAAUGUGCAAAUUUUAAACCUUUUUUCCAGGAAUUUUAGAUAACUCAGGUUUGCAAAUUCUGCUGAAUGUUUAUCUAGUUUAUCCAAUUGUCAUAGUGUAAUGGGCCCCAAUUUGUUUAUUUUUAAAAUCCAAACAAACCUCUUUUUUUUAAAUAUAAAAAUAGUGAUAAAUUAAAUUUUGUAUGUGCCAUCAAUAAUUUUCAGAAGCCAAAAGAAUCUGGUCUUAUAUCCUUGCUCCUGAAGAGCAGGCAACAAGGGUUUAAAGCUAUAUCUAUCAAAGAGUCGUGCUUAGUGCUCACAGGUUUUUCAAAAAAUGUAGUAUUACAAAUGGAAGUCUGACAAGAAGGAAGACAUUUUAAUAUUUGUUUACUUUCAGCGAUUGAAUUCUGUGAACAUGUAUGUACUGUUGUGUUUCAAGCAUUUGGCAGCAUUUAAUAUAAUGCAUGGAAACUGCAAACUCGACAAGUGUGGGCAGAAUGAUGAAACGUGCACGUUUUGUUAAGAUGAUGCCAUGAUGUUGCCAGCUGCCUUUGUGUUCCUCACCAAGUGCAAUUGCCUUCAAAUAAAAGUAUUAAAAUAGGAAAA